CAAAUACGUGCAGUGGCUGUUAUGUAAAGUAUGGAAAGUGAUGAAGCCUAUUUCCAACAUUAAACAACGUGAUAUGGUGGGUUGCUACUAGACUGAGUAGAAACACAGUGUUUUGUACCAGAACUCUGAGUGACAAGGAUUGAUCUGUAACAAGCAGAGUGAUUGUAGAAGUGCUAGAAAUUGAACAAUUACAAAAAAGACGAAAAUCGGACUCUUGCCUGACAUUUAACACGGAUCAAGUUCACAACAUUUCUUUUGUAUUUAGAGAGCAGUGCGAUAAAUGGAAACGGGACAAAAGGCUCUCGUUGAAGACAGACGUUAAUUAAAGGUGUACACCACUGGAUAAUUCACCGGACACAAAGCUAUUUUAUCAUGGAUUGCUUUGGACUGCUUGUUAUUCUGAUCGGCAUAGUAUCUAAAGUGGCGUCACAAGCUACCCUUGUAAACUACGGGUCGGCUGUAGCGCGGCGCUACUACAACCAAGGUGGCUCUCGCAAGGCGUUUGUUGAAACCGCGUUCCCAUUGUCGGAGGGGUAUGUUACAAAAUUCACGGUGUUUAUUCAUCAGGAUGUGGCAAGUGAAACUCCAGCAAGGUUUUUCAUUUGGACGCGCGUGGGGACUGGGGCAAAUUUCAGGUUGGAAUACUAUAUAAACGCUACUUUGCCAAAAACAAGAGGAUUGGAAGAGUUCGACGUGCCAGACCCCAAACCCUGGGUACCAGCCGGCUCAUUUCUCGGUUGGGGCUACAGCUUGGUAGCAGAUGUCAUCAGCUUUGAUUAUAACUCUGGCUUUACCACUGAAUACUACUACAACCUUGACACUGGCACGCCGUUUCCUUGGCCAGAGAAGGGCCAGACCUAUACUUUCGUUUCGACUCCAGGAAGGUUCAGGCAUUCUGUUAUGUUGACACUUGACGUUGCUACAACCCCAGCACCAACAACGACAACCACUGCGGCACCAACUACGACGUCCACGCCCUCUACCACAACUACCACGCUGACAACUACAACCACUCCAACCACACCCACAACACCGACGACAACCACUCCCACCACGACGACAACGCCGACAACUACAACCACGCCGACUACAACUACUACAACCCAGCCGAGUAACUUUGUGCUGACAUCAUUUGGCGAAGCUAAGGAGCGGCGCUAUUACAACCAGGGAGGUUCUCGGAAAGCAUUUGUAGAAACUGCAUUCCCGCUGUCUCAAGGGAUAUUAGAGAGUUUUAUUGUCUACAUUCAUCAGGACGUAGACACAGAAACUCCAGCCAGGUUUUUCAUAUGGAGCCGUAUUGGAAGUGGAACCGUGUUUAGGUUGGACUACUACUUGGAUGUAACACUAUCCAACAAAAAAGGGUUUCAAACGUUUAAUGUUACGGAUCCCAAACCCUGGAUCCAAGAGGGGUCUUUCUAUGGUUGGGGCUACAGCUUGGUUGCUGACGUCAUCAGUUUUGAUUAUAGCUCCGCCUUCACAACAGAAUACUACUACAAUCUUGACACUGGUACUCCUUUUCCUUGGCCGGUACUCAACAAUGAGCACACGUUCAACUCCGUCCCUGGACGAUUCAGACAUUCUGUUGAAGUCAAAAUCAACGUCGGAACCACAACCGUUUCGACUACGACUGCAACUACUACCCCAACAACCACGACUACGACCACACCAACGACUACAACUACACCAACAACUACAACCACUACACCAACCACAACCACUACAACUACUCCCACACCCACUACUACUACGACAGUAUCAAGUGGUUUUGUGCUGACACCAUUUGGCGAGGCUAAGGAGCGGCGCUAUUACAACCAGGGAGGUUCUCGGAAAGCAUUUGUAGAAACUGCAUUCCCGCUGUCUCAAGGGAUAUUAGAGAGUUUUAUUGUCUACAUUCAUCAGGACGUAGACACAGAAACUCCAGCCAGGUUUUUCAUAUGGAGCCGUAUUGGAAGUGGAACCGUGUUUAGGUUGGACUACUACUUGGAUGUAACACUAUCCAACAAAAAAGGGUUUCAAACGUUUAAUGUUACGGAUCCCAAACCCUGGAUCCAAGAGGGGUCUUUCUAUGGUUGGGGCUACAGCUUGGUUGCUGACGUCAUCAGUUUUGAUUAUAGCUCCGCCUUCACAACAGAAUACUACUACAAUCUUGACACUGGUACUCCUUUUCCUUGGCCGGUACUCAACAAUGAGCACACGUUCAACUCCGUCCCUGGACGAUUCAGACAUUCUGUUGAAGUCAAAAUCAACGUCGGAACCACAACCGUUUCGACUACGACUGCAACUACUACCCCAACAACCACGACUACGACCACACCAACGACUACAACUACACCAACAACUACAACCACUACACCAACCACAACCACUACAACUACUCCCACACCCACUACUACUACGACAGUAUCAAGUGGUUUUGUGCUGACACCAUUUGGCGAGGCUAAGGAGCGGCGCUAUUACAACCAGGGAGGUUCUCGGAAAGCAUUUGUAGAAACUGCAUUCCCGCUGUCUCAAGGGAUAUUAGAGAGUUUUAUUGUCUACAUUCAUCAGGACGUAGACACAGAAACUCCAGCCAGGUUUUUCAUAUGGAGCCGUAUUGGAAGUGGAACCGUGUUUAGGUUGGACUACUACUUGGAUGUAACACUAUCCAACAAAAAAGGGUUUCAAACGUUUAAUGUUACGGAUCCCAAACCCUGGAUCCAAGAGGGGUCUUUCUAUGGUUGGGGCUACAGCUUGGUUGCUGACGUCAUCAGUUUUGAUUAUAGCUCCGCCUUCACAACAGAAUACUACUACAAUCUUGACACUGGUACUCCUUUUCCUUGGCCGGUACUCAAAAAUGAAUACACGUUCAACUCCGCCCCUGGACGAUUCAGACAUUCCGUGGAGGCGAAAAUUAACGUUGGGACAACCACCGUACCUACCACGACCGCAACCACUACGCCGACGACAACGACAACAACGACUACCCCUAUCACUACAACCACACCCACCACUACAGUUACACCUACCACUACAACCACACCCACCACUACAGUUACACCUACCACAAUUACAACUGAAUUACCCACAUUUACCACAACUGAAUCACCAGUUACCACCACCGAAGUACCAAUAACUACACCACCACCAACAGAACCACCAACAACUACAACCACGCCUACAACAACAACAGCACAAAUUACUACAACAGAAACCACAACCACCAAGUUACCAAGUACAACAACAACGCAAUCAUUAACAACUACCACAGCAACUACACGCGCGACAACAACCCCUGCACCCUUGACAACAACCUCUGAGGCUCCUACGACCACAACUGCCACUACAACAACGACAGCACCAACUACAACUACCCCAACAACUACAACCACUACUACGACACCUACUACCACCACGACUGCCACUACAACAACGACAGCACCAACGACAAGCACUACUUCUACGACUACCACCACCACCACAACUACGACGACCCCUUCGACCACAACUGCCCUUACAACAACUACAACACCCAUUACUACUACGACGCCUACGACCACUACCCCAGCCCCUAUCAUCAUCCCAGAUGACGCCAGUGUGGACGUUGAGGUGCGGUUUCCAGGGGAUUACAACACCGUGGUCGGCGUGGACAAGGCAGCGGCCAUUACUGUCCUCAAACCACAGAUAGCAUCAAAACUGAGUGUCUCUGAAUCACGAAUCGCAAACAUGGACUUAAGACAAGGUAGUAUAAUAGUUGAUUUCGACCUCCUACCCCCUCCGGUAGGUAGCAGCGAACCUUCUCAAAGUGCCGUGAUGACUUCCUUGAAUAACGACGUGAACAGAAAUGCGUUCACACUGACGGCCCCCGAUGGCAGCACAAUCCAAGCAUCAGACGCAAUGAAUUAUCAAAUCAUAACAACUGUGCCCACUGCUCCUCCCACCACUGUCACAACUAUCACCUCAGCAACGGCAGUGCCUAUCGAACAUGCUUUGAAAUUGACAUUCAAGACAGGAGGGGAUCACAUUUUCCACUGCCGUUCAUCCAACGAAGAUGUCACCGGUCUUCAAUGGUACAGGUUAAACGCCGGAGUGGAGACGCUGAUGACAAGCAAAACGUAUGGAACCCUUUUGGAAUUCCAAAGCAUCACCCAAAGCGACGCGGGCUGUUACAGGUGUCGCGACACCAAGGACAGUAACAGAGUAUUAUCUCAGUUCUGCAUCAGCGUUAAUGACACCGUGGCGUUCCAGACGACUGGGUCACGAGACAACAAUGUGCCCACUGAAGGGAUGAGCAACAUGGAGAUCGGUUUCUUGGUGGUUGGCUUGGUUGUUGGCCUCAUCCUUGUUGUCAUUCUGGUGGUAUUGUCCAUAUGGUGCUGCCCCUGCUGCCGUCGUUGCAAAGAAGAAAUUCGACCGAUGGGUUCAUCUCCUACUGUUAAACCAGAGUUCACUGAUAUAGGGAAAGUCGAAGCUAACGGACGUAGCAGAAGAAGUAAAACAACAGGCCAAUAUGUAGUAAAUGAAGAUGAAACGAAGCACAAAAAACACAGGAAAAAGAAGGACGUGCUGAAAAUGGCCGAUUUGCAGAAAUUUGUUAAAAUUGCUUCGGUAAUGAACGAUAGCUCUGAUCGCCACAGCUCCAAGUCCGGGAAAAAGUCGGAUAAAACAGACAAGAAAAAAUCACAUAGCAGUAAACACAAAAAAGACAAAUACAAGCUGGAAGAAUCUGCACUAGGGGACAUGGGAUCAGACCCAAUUCAUAAAAAGGAUAAAAAGAGCAAAAAGAAAGGCGACAAGGAAAAGGAAAAGAAAAGAGAUAAGAAGUCAAAACAUUAGAAUAUAAAAGAGAUUUUUCCGUUGCUCCAAGUGCCACGUUAUUUAUAAGACGUGCUUCCAAAAUUCAAUAAAGUUUGCAAAUAUUUUGUGAUAAUGUUCCAGGCAGUAUUUAUGCAACACCAUAAUAUUGUUCUGCACCCAGGACAUAAUGUAAAUACAUGUAUAUUUUAAAAAACUGUAUCUUAGUCUGGGUGACUAAGAAUACAAAUGUUUUUGCACAAUUUUACAACAUAUUACCUCAGUGGUAUUUUGACCAAAAGAGAUUAACCUGGUUGUAUAAAGCAAUAAUGCACUUUCCUGUAUAUAAUUGAACAUUAAAUUGCUCAAAUGUAUAUUUUCUGAGAAUCUCCGUCCUUUGCCAAAGCCAAAGAAUAUUCAUAAUGUACUGUUUCACUCGUUUUUUUUAAAAAGGCACAUCAGACAUAUUAUUUUUUUAUUCAUAUUUUAUAUAUAGAAUGUGUAGAGCAAUAGUAAGAAGUCAUCCAAAGCAUGACUCUUUUGAAGAAAAUGCAAAGCAAUAGUUAGAAGUCAUCCAUAACUUGGCUAGUCAAACUGGCCACCUUCCACACAAAUGGUGUACAUUUAGAAUUAUUUAAAAAGGAUCAAUGCCAAACAUGUUUUCUGGGUUUUUGCCAAAAUCAAGAACUUUUAAGAAAGUAUGUCCAGAAUAUUCCAGGGAAAUUUGCACUACACUGUCGCAAGCUCAUUUGCAUAUCUUUCAGAUGAUGUAACAGCAGGAUGUGAAUAAUAUUUUCAUUAAAACUAUGUGCAAUGUCCAUUGCAAGAACUCAUCAGUGGGUCACCGUAGAAUUAAGAUAUUUUUAUGCAUUUUUUUAUGCAGCCCUGCAACUAUUAUUUUGAUCCUGUGGAUUUUUUUACAUAGAAUAUGUAUAUUUUUGUUAGAAAUCUAUAAAAAAAAUUAGCCGUUUUUGUAUCAUAAUGUUUCAGCCCAACUACCAAUCACAACAUUGAGAUGUUACAUUCAGCAACAUAUAUAAGUAGACUUUUAGAAUAAACUAGUUUCGAAAACACAACUAGAUAACGUAUAUUGUCAAAGGUAUCUUCCUUGUACAUUUUGCUGAUUGUAAAAUAUCUUAGACCGCAGAGGUCUUGUUUCUUAAUAAAAUGCUAGUUGUUAAUUUCCUCUACCAUUUAUUUUAUAACAUGAUUUUAAGCACGUUCUUUAAAACACGUGUAUAGAUAUCACAGCAUCUGUAGUCUAUUAGGUAUUCCUUAAUAUCAUUGUUAACCGUUUCUA